CACCUGACAAGCAUCAGCAUUCCCCAACCCUAACGUUGGGCAUUUAACAAUCCUAAUCCCCUCUUUGGAAACAAGACAUCACGACCACAGCCCCGCAAACAACUUCUCUGCCACGAUGGAGCAGGACGAGGAAUACUUCAAUCUUGGAACCUACCAUCGUCCAAUCACCAGCGCCUCUACCACCAGCCAAACAUGGUUCAACCGCGGGCUCAUCUGGAUGUACGCCUUCAACCACGAGGAAUCCGUCCGGUGCUUUGAACGGGCCAUCGCCGCCGACGAGAGCUGCGCCAUGGCCUACUGGGGCCUCGCCUACGCCAUUGGAGCCAACUACAACAAGCCCUGGAGCUUUUUCGAUGAGUUGGAUCUGGCCACCGUCGUCCGUCGCGGCCACGCUGCAGCCAAGCAAGCGCAAGCAUACGCGGCGCAGGUCUCCCCCGUGGAAGCCGCCCUCAUCCACGCGAUCCAAGCCCGAUAUCCGGACGAGGCACCCCUCAAGCCCUUUUCCGCGUGGAACGAGGACUUCGCCAGCGCCAUGGAAAGCGUCUACCACGCCUUUCCGGACGACCUGGACGUCAUCACCACCUACGCGGACGCGCUGAUGAACCUCCACCCUUGGGACCUCUGGGACAUCCACACCGGCCAACCGCGCGAGGGCGCCCGCACCCUCGACAUCCAAGCCCUACUCGACCACAGCCUCACCCUCCCCUCCGCCACGCGCCAUCCCGGCCUUCUCCACCUCUACAUCCACCUGAUGGAGAUGUCCCCCGACCCAGCGGCCGCCCUGCCCGUCGCCGAGCACCUGCGCGGCCUCGUCCCAGACGGCGGACACCUGCACCACAUGCCGACGCACCUCGACGUGCUCUGCGGCCGGUACGCCGAGGCGAUCACCUGGAACACGGCCGCCAUCGCCGCCGACGAGCGCUACCUCGGCCGCGCCGGCCCGCGCAACUUCUACACCCUCUACCGCGCGCACAACCUCCACUUCCGCAUCUACGCCGCCAUGUUCGCCGGCCGCUGGGAGGUCAGUCGCACCAGCGCCGCGCAACUCGAAGCCUCCAUCCCCGAGGAGCUGCUGCGCCUGCGCUCCCCGCCCAUGGCCGACUGGCUCGAAGCGUUUCUCUCGGUGAAACUCCACGUCUGGAUCCGCUUCGGCCGCUGGACCGAGAUCCUCGCCUGCGAGACCCCCACCGACCCCACCCUCUACUCCAUGACCACCGCCAUCACCCACUACGCCAAAGGCAUCGCCCACGCCGCCCGGAGAGACCCGGCAAGCGCCCGCGUCCACCGCGCCCGCUUCCACGCCGCCGUCGCGCGCGUCCAGCCCACCCGCACCCUCUUCAACAACACCUGCACCGACCUCCUCGCCAUCGCCGCCGCCAUGCUGGACGGGGAAAUUGCCUACCGCGAGGGAGACGUCGACGCUGCAUUCCACUGGCUGGAGAUCGCCAUCCAGCGGGAAGAUCGGCUCCCCUACGAUGAACCGUGGGGCUGGAUGCAGCCCACCCGACACGCGUACGGGGCGCUGCUGAUGGAGCAGGGCCGCCUGGAAGACGCGCUGGAGGUGUACCGGGCCGAUCUAGGGAUGAGUGACACCCUCCCCCGCGCGCUGAGACAUCCCGAUAACGUCUGGGCCUUGCAUGGGGUGCAUGAGUGUUUGGAGCGCUUGGGGAGGGUGGAGGAGGCGAGACGCGUGGAGGGGAGGUUGCAGGUGGCGCUGCAGGGGGCGGAUGUGCCGGUGCGGGCGUCGUGUUUGUGUAGGUUGGAGGUCAUGCCCGAAGAGGAGGAUUAGAAUGGGAGUGAAGAUGUACAUACAUAGAUUCGUAGGGUGGCUGUGGGUACGGCUUCUUCUCACCAGAUUCCCGCCAACGGACAGUACAGUCAGUCCUAUACAGUGAGGAAAUAGAAG